UCUUGCUAUAAUGCAGUGCAGAGCUCUCUGUGAGGAGGUAGCAUUUUUACUGCUGUAGAAAAAAACAAUACAGAAGAUUAACGCCAGACUUUUUUCCUGCAAUUUGUUUGCUUUCUGCAUUCUAAAUCUUUGUGGCUAUGCUUUGCCAUUGAGGAGUGAGCUUUAACAGCAACCUAUACACGUGAAGAUUGAAAAUAAAGAACUGCAGUAGUGCUGGUUUUCCUCCCUUUAGUUUUAGUGGUGCAGUAUGAAGUGCAGUUAUGGCAAGAAGAGGUAAGACAGCUGUGAGGACGCUGGAAGAUUUGACCCUGGAUUCUGGUUAUGGUGGUGCUGCAGAUUCCAUCAGGUCAUCCAACUUGUCCAUCUGUUCUGAUUCUCAUCUGGUGGCAUAUCCCCAUGGAGGAAACUGUUGGCAUCUAACUGACUCCAUGCACAGUAGACAUAACAGCUUUGACACAGUCAACACUGUCCUGGCUGAAGACUCAGAGGUCCUGGACUGCUCGGGACAGUGCUCCAGGCUCCCCGACCUUGAGGAAGUCCCCUGGAGCCUUGAGGAGGUAGAAGCUCUUUUAAAAAAAGAGCAGAUGAUGGCUGGUACCAGCAGAGAUGUCAUCUCUAAGCUCUCUAUGCUGGUCAGCAGGGCUUUGGUUAGGAUUGCCAAAGAAGCUCAGAGACUGAGCCUCCGCUUUGCCAAAUGCACCAAGUAUGAGAUCCAAAGCGCCAUGGAGAUAGUACUGGCUUGGUCACUUGCAUCCAGUUGCACUGCUUCAGCCCUUAGUGCCCUUUCUCUCUACAACAUGAGCACUGGGGACAGGCUCAGCAGGGGAAAAUCUGUGCGUUGUGGCAUCAUCUUCUCAGUUGGGAAAUUCUAUAGGUGGAUGGUAGAUAGCAGGGUGGCUCUUAGGAUUCAUGAACACUCUGCCAUUUACCUUACUGCCUGUAUGGAGACCCUAUUCAAGGAAAUCUAUAAGAGGGUCCUGGCUAUGCCUCGCCCCGAAAAGGAGAAUGAGGCUCCAAACUUUACUGCAGAGUCUCUGGAACAAGCACUCAACAAUGAUUCAGAGCUCUGGGGAUUACUUCAGCCUUACCAGCACCUUAUAUGCGGUAAAAAUGCUAGUGGAGCCCUCUGCCUUCCAGACAAUUUGAACCUCCAUAGAGAGCAGCAAAGGCCCCAUAAGCCCAGUGAUGUACAGAUGUUUAGCCAAUCAGAACUGAGGACUAUAGAGCAGUCUUUGCUUGCCACACGUGUGGGAAGUAUUGCUGAACUCAGUGAUCUUGUAUCUCGUGCAAUGCAUCAUCUGCAACCCCUCAACUGCAAGCAACAUGGCAAUGGAACUCCAAUGCAUAACAAGCAAGGACCUCUCUAUUGGGAACCCGAAGCCCUGUAUACACUUUGUUAUUUCAUGCACUGCCCCCAAAUGGAAUGGGAAAAUCCCAAUGUAGAACCAUCCAAAGUUAACCUUCAGACUGAGCGGCCAUUUUUAAUGCUCCCACCGUUAAUGGAAUGGAUACGGGUUGCUGUGGCUCACGCAGGAUACCGCAGAAGCUUUUCAGUGGAUAGUGAUGACGUUCGACAAGCGGCUCGCCUUCUGCUUCCUGGAGUUGACUGUGAACCUCGACAGCUAAAGGCUGAUGACUGUUUUUGUGCUUCUCGGAAACUGGAUGCAGUUGCCACAGAAGCAAAAUUUAAACAGGACCUUGGUUUCCGAAUGCUGAACUGUGGUAGAACAGACUUGGUUAAACAAGCUGUCACAUUGCUCGGUCCCGAUGGAAUUAACAGCAUGAGUGAACAGGGAAUGACACCAUUAAUGUACGCAUGUGUCAGAGGAGAUGAGGCAAUGGUACAGAUGCUUCUUGAUGCUGGGGCAGAAUUAAAUGUUGAGGUUCCUACCACAGCACAUAAGUUUCCAUCUGUUCAUCCUGAGACUCGUCACUGGACUGCACUGACAUUUGCUGUCCUUCAGGGACACAUUCCUGUUGUACAGUUACUUUUGGAUGCUGGAGCCAAUGUAGAAGGUUGUUUGGAGUCCGGAGAGGAAAACUAUUCAGAAACUCCUUUACAACUGGCAGCAGCUGCAGGAAACUUUGAGCUUGUGAGUUUAUUACUGGAACGCGGUGCAGAUCCCAUGAUAGGAACAUUGUACAGAAAUGGUAUUUCUACAGCACCUCAAGGAGAUAUGAACUCUUUCAGCCAGGCUGCGGCACACGGCCACAGGAAUGUAUUUCGUAAAUUGCUUUCCCAACCAGAGAAAGAGAAGAGUGAUAUACUGUCCUUGGAGGAGAUUCUUGCAGAGGGUACAGACCUGUCUGAUACAGCCCCCACCCCACUGUGCCCAAGCCGAAACAGUAAAGCCAAGCUAAAGGCGCUGAAGGAAGCAAUGUAUCACAGCGCAGAGCACGGAUACGUGGAUGUAACUAUUGAUAUAAGGAGUUUAGGUGUUCCUUGGACUCUUCAUACCUGGUUGGAGUCUCUACGCAUUUCAUUCCAUCAGCACAGGAGGCCUCUGAUUCAAUGCCUGCUAAAAGAAUUCAAAUCUAUUCAAGAGGAGGAAUACACGGAAGAGCUGAUUACUCAAGGGCUACCUCUAAUGUUUGAAAUUCUGAAAGCCAGCAAGAAUGAGGUGAUCAGUCAACAAUUAUCUGUCAUAUUCAGUCAAUGCUAUGGGCCUUAUCCGAUACCAAAGCUGACAGAAAUCAAACGGAAACAGACAUCUAGAUUGGAUCCACAUUUUCUAAACAACAAAGAAAUGUCUGAUGUCACUUUCCUUGUGGAAGGAAAACCCUUUUAUGCCCACAAAGUAUUAUUAUUUACAGCAUCUCCAAGAUUUAAAGCACUUCUUACCAACAAAUCUUCUGGGGAAAACAACUGCAUUGAAAUAAAUUAUGUGAAAUACCACAUCUUUCAGUUGAUCAUGCAAUACUUGUAUUGUGGAGGCACGGAAUCACUUCUCAUUAAAAAUAAUGAAAUCAUGGAGCUUCUGUCUGCUGCCAAAUUUUUUCAUCUAGAAGCUUUGCAACGCCACUGUGAGAUAAUUUGUGCAAAGAGCAUAAAUACCGAGAACUGUGUGGAUAUUUACAACCAUGCCAAGUUUCUUGGUGUUCCUGAACUUUCAUCAUAUUGUGAAGGAUAUUUUUUGAAAAAUAUGAUGCUUCUUAUUGAAAAUGAAGCCUUUAAACAAUUAUUGUAUGAUAAGAAUGGAGAAACGACAGGUCAGGAUGUGUUAGGGGACUUACAGAGGACGUUGGCAACCAGGAUACAAUCAAUUCACCUUUCUUCCUCUAAAGGGUCAAUUGUAUAGAGAUGAAAGCUGCCACAAAAACAAUGUUUAUUGUACGAAUGCAAUGGAUUAUGCAGAGAGAAAAAACUUUUAAUGUGAUAAGAUUUUCUCUUUUUUUCUGUUGACUGCAUUCCAAGACUUCAGUCCUCUUGGCUAAGGAAACAAUUCUAGAAUUUCUCAUUUUUAAGACAUUAAUACUCUAAGAAAGAAGGCUUUAGUUUAUUCUGAAGAAAAACAAGAUGGAGUCUCCAAAAGACAAACCAAUAAGCAUGGAAAGCUACGAUGACAUAUAAAAAGUGGACCUAGAAAUAAAUUUAGGAGCCCUAUUUAUUUAUGAAAUUCCAUAGUGGUAUGCAUCUCUGAUUUUGUGGGAUCAUUCAUAAAACUACAGUACCUAUUGUUUAUUUAAACUUAACUGUUACACAUUGAACCAGAUUGGCACUGUCCGAUGGAAAUAUGAUGACAAAUGUUUAAGGGUUAGACUUUCUAAAGUUUUCUUAAAAAUUGGGGUGGCCUUGUAGGUAAAUGAAAAUUUCGUAGCUUUUAGCUUUUGGUUUUCAAAAGUUCUAUUUAAUAUAAAUGACUCUUUCCUAUGAUGAGAUGGUAAUAAUUAUGUGAAUCCUGUACGACUAAGAUUGUCUUUUCUUAUUUAGGUUGUAUCUUUCCCAAAUGAACUAGAUUUGAAAAAUGAGAUAUUGUUUGUCGAUAUUGACUUGGUUAGUUAUCAACAAUGUUAGAAAUCGGCAUGUCAAGUAGUUAUUUUGGUCAAAAUUUAAGCAAACUUGGACUUGCAUGGUAUCCUCAUUGUGCGUCAUUUUGCCAAGAAAAAUGCAGUUACCUAGUCAAAAUUCAUUUGUGAAGUACAAAGAAAAAUUCUAUUCUGUUUCACUGUGAAUAUGUUAAAUUGUUGAUUGUAGAUGUUAGUUUUUACAUUACAUAUGAUGCUAAAGUGUUAUUCUAUUCUUGUAAUAUAAGGUAAUUAUUUUUAUUGCAUUGUAGAGACAAUACCAGCGUGUUGAUGUAUUCUAGUACAGAAAAAAAAGCCAUAUGGAACAUUGCUACCACUCAAAAUACACACAAUUAUCUUGUUUGGGUUAGCAGGACAUAUAUUAUAGAAUGGUAUCAAAACAUACUGUAGGUCUUUACAUGUCUUUUGUUGUAUGCGUCAAAUUCCUUGGUUAAUUUACUGCCAGAAAGACCGACUUGUUAAGUGCCACAAUGCAUAGAUUUGCAUGUACAAUUUAUUGUAAAACCUGUGAAGAUACGACCAAUGUUACUAGAAUAACAUUUUUCAUGGCAAAUCAUGGGCAUUGUUAGUUUUUUUCCCAGCAUGCCACUUCACAUUAAGGCUAGACUGCUAGAUAUUAGAUUUUCAUUUGGCAAUGCAAUGUAUUUUUGGUACUCUGUUAAAAAUAUAAAUGUCUGGUGCUGUUUGAUGUUUCUGGCUUUUGGGAUACUCAAACCACACAAGUAUCACAGAAUCUAAUAAUAUGAAAUAAAGCUGUUUUAUAGCUUUUUCGGUAAACACUUUCUGUACAUGCUCAAUAAGACUGUCAUCUUCCUGUCCAAUAGAUCACAAAUUGCUGCCUAACUUUAAAAAAAAACUAUUCACAAUAAAAAUACGGCAUGACAACUUAACAAUGAAUUAGACAAUUUGUCAAUAUUUGAGAUGUCAUAAUGUUGUCUUUAGUAUAUGAUUAAUUUAAACUGUGUAAAUAAUGUAUUGUACAAUGCUAACAGUAAGGGGGGAAUGUGUUAAGAGAAUAAUUUUGGCUGCUUAAAAUAUAACUCAGUGUUUUCUUAUUUUUUUAAAUGAAAAAGUACAUAUAUUUUCUGUGGUUCCUGCAGUAUAUUACCAGUAUAUCACACUCCUUAUUGCUAGAAAUCACACAAGAAAAAUGUGUUAAAAUAAAACAUGUUUCAUUAUAUCACCAAA